AUGGCGCCCACAAAAGAGGAGAAGCCUGCGAUGAGCGCUUUCGAGCGCAGGAGAUUGGAGAACAUCGCCGCGAACCAGGCCAUGCUAAAGGACUUGAGCAACAGCGCUGAGAAGAUCAUACCCAGAGCAGUAUCGAAGCCCCCCAAACCUGCCGCACCUCGCAAGAAAGCCGCCCCUGUCAAGAAGGAGGCACCGCGACCUACUCGGACAAGUUCUCGUCUCGCUGGUCUUCAGGCCGACAGUGAGACUGCGAAGCGGAAGGCAGAAGAGGAAGAGGCAUUUGUAAAGGAGAGUGUGCAGGCGAAGAAGCAGCGAAUAGCUGGAGACAUCAAUCUAAAUGAUGUCGCGGACGGAAAGAUAGGGGCUAAGUUGGAUGACUUCCUCUCAGGCGUCAUGAGGGGAGCGGCCCCAAACUUACGAACCUUUACAGAGGAUGACGUGAAGGAGACGACAGAUGAGGGCUUGAAGUUAUUGAGAGAGAAAAUGAGUAGUCUGGAAUUAUAUGACGAGUACCCCCCCAACUCCAUCAAAAUCACACCAGAACGAAUAUAUGCUCUUGGAUUCCAUCCAACAGAAGACAAGCCUUUGAUUUUUGCAGGUGAUAAGAUAGGCAAUCUAGGCAUAUUUGACGCUUCACAGACGGGGGCUACAGUCAAGGCAGAAGAGAACGACGACGACGAUGAGGGUGCGGAAGACCCAGAACCAACUAUCACGGCUUACAAGGUUCAUUCGAGAACAAUAUCUUCCUUGGUAUUCCCUGCUGAUGGUAACUCGGUAUAUUCAAGUUCAUAUGACUCCUCGGUUCGGAGACUAGACUUGCAAAAGGGGAUUGCUGUGGAGGUAUUCGCGCCAGAUUCAUCCGACACGGAAUUGCCUAUUUCGUGUAUUGACGUCCCCCAUCAAGAUCCGAACCUUAUCUUUUUCUCCACCCUUGAAGGAUCUUUUGGUCGACACGACAUACGGACACCCAAGGAGACAGAAGUGUGGCAGCUCACAGACAAGAAGAUUGGGGGGUUCUCGCUUCACCCUCUAUACCCCUAUUUAUUAGCGACCGCCUCACUGGAUCGAACCCUCAAAAUUUGGGAUUUACGGAAGAUCACUGGCAAAGGAGAAUCACGGAUACCCCAUUUAAUUGGAGAGCAUGAAUCGAGGCUCUCGGUCUCCCAUGCAUCUUUCUCAGCAACCGGCAACAUAGCCACAACUUCCUAUGACGAUACCAUCAAGAUUUAUUCCUACCCUGAUGCCGGCUCUUGGAAAGUUGGACAUGAGCUUGAUAGCGAGCUUAUGGAACCAACCACCACAAUACGCCACAAUAAUCAAACCGGGAGGUGGGUUACAAUUCUGAAGCCCCAGUGGCAGGAGAAGCCGGCGGACGGGAUCUCUAAGUUCGUGAUCGGGAAUAUGGGGAGAUUCGUAGAUGUGUUCGCUAGCGAUGGACAACAGCUGGCACAGUUGGGAGGUGAAGGGAUAUCGGCGGUGCCCGCAGUGGCCCAAUUUCACCCCAGCCAGAAUUGGAUUGCAGGUGGGACGGCGAGAGGGAAGCUUUGCUUCUGGAGGUGA